UUCUUCAUGACCUUUCACCCCAGCAUGGCUGCGCCCGUGGGACCCGUGAAGUUCUGGCGACCGGGUACGGAAGGGCCAGGUGUCAGCAUCUCUGAAGAGAGACAAAGUCUAGCGGAAAACGCUGUGACAACUGUUGUUUACAAUCCUUACGCUGCCCUGUCUAUAGAGCAACAGAGGCAGAAGCUACCAGUGUUUAAGCUCAGAAAUCACAUACUGUAUUUGAUAGAAAAUUAUCAGACAGUGGUGAUUGUUGGAGAAACGGGAUGUGGGAAAAGCACGCAGAUUCCACAAUACCUUGCAGAAGCUGGCUGGACCGCUGAAGGAAGAGUUGUAGGUGUGACCCAGCCUCGAAGAGUGGCUGCUGUGACCGUUGCAGGGAGAGUAGCUGAGGAAAGAGGUGCGGUGCUGGGCCAUGAAGUGGGGUACUGCAUCCGCUUUGAUGACUGCAGCGACCCGCUGACCACGAGAAUUAAGUUUCUGACUGAUGGAAUGCUGGUCAGGGAAAUGAUGGUUGAUCCUUUGCUAACAAAAUAUAGUGCCAUCAUGCUGGAUGAAGCCCAUGAGAGGACCUUGUAUACCGACAUUGCCAUUGGCUUGUUAAAAAAGAUUCAGAAAAAACGAGGGGAUCUUCGAUUGAUUGUUGCCUCAGCCACUCUGGAUGCGGAGAAAUUUCGGGAUUUCUUUAAUCAGAAUGAAACCAGUGAUCCAUCCAGGGACACAUGUGUGAUCCUGACAGUGGAAGGGAGAACAUUCCCAGUAGAUGUCUUUUACCUGCAAAGUCCUGUUCCAGAUUAUAUCAAAUCAACAGUGGAAACUGUGGUGAAAAUUCACCAGACAGAGGGCGAUGGAGACAUAUUAGCAUUUCUUACUGGCCAGGAAGAGGUAGAAACUGUGGUAUCUAUGCUAAUUGAGCAGGCCCGGGCGCUGGCUCGCACUGGGAUGAAGAAACACCUCCGGGUCCUUCCCAUGUACGCAAGACUGCCUUCCUUUGAGCAAAUGAAAGUGUUUGAACGAGUGGCACGCAGCGUCAGGAAGGUGAUAGUGGCUACCAAUGUGGCAGAAACUUCCAUUACAAUUAGCGGGAUUGUGUAUGUGAUUGACUGUGGCUUCGUGAAACUCCGUGCCUACAAUCCCAGGACAGCUAUCGAAUGCUUGGUGGUAGUCCCGGUGUCCCAGGCCUCCGCAAACCAGCGAGCAGGACGUGGUGGUCGGAACCGCUCAGGAAAAUGUUACCGACUCUAUACAGAGGAAGCCUUUAACAAGUUGCCUCAAUCCACUGUUCCUGAGAUGCAGCGCAGCAACUUGGCUCCUGUCAUCCUGCAGCUGAAAGCACUGGGAAUCGACAAUGUCCUCAGGUUCCACUUCAUGUCGCCCCCACCAGCACAGUCGAUGGUUCAAGCUUUGGAGUUACUCUAUGCUCUGGGCGGUUUGGACAAAGACUGUCGGCUAACUGAACCGCUUGGUAUGAGGAUAGCGGAGUUUCCUUUGAACCCCAUGUUUGCAAAGAUGCUGCUUGAAUCAGGAAAUUUUGGCUGUUCUCAGGAAAUCCUAAGCAUUGCGGCCAUGAUGCAAAUCCAGAAUAUCUUUGUGAUCCCCCCAAACCAGAAGUCUCAGGCAAUUCGAGUGCACAGAAAAUUUGCUGUGGAGGAGGGUGAUCAUCUCACCAUGCUAAACGUGUAUGAAGCAUUCAUCAAACACAAUAAGAACUCUCAAUGGUGCCAGGAACAUUUCUUGAACUAUAAGGGUCUAGUGAGAGCAGCGACGGUGAGAGAACAAUUGAAAAAGCUUCUUGUCAAGUUCCAAGUGCCCAAGAAAUCUAGUGAAGGUGAUCCGGACCCGGUUCUGAGGUGCAUUGUUUCAGGAUUCUUUGCAAAUGCUGCGAGGUUUCAUUCUACUGGAGCUUAUAGGACAAUCCGCGAUGACCAUGAGUUGCACAUCCACCCUGCAUCUGUCCUCUAUGUGGAGAAGCCGCCCCGCUGGGUUAUCUACAAUGAAGUCAUACAAACUUCCAAGUAUUAUAUGAGAGAUGUGACUGCUAUUGAAUCUGCCUGGCUGUUGGAGCUGGCUCCGCACUUUUACCAACAAGGAACGCACCUUUCCUUGAGAGCCAAAAAGGCCAAGGUCCAGGACUUGUGA